AUGCUGCUCGACGCGUUUCACGACCUCUUGGUCUGGAACACGGAGAUUUUCGAGCAAGCCACACGUCUUGAGGACGUCGUGGUGCGCUUGAACAAUAAGCGAGGCCUACGUGGUCGGCCCGGGCGUCCCGAGUACACCCAGGUAAUCGGGGCUCUCGUGCGAGCGGCCGUAUUCCUCACAGAGAAGCACGACAGACGACAUCACCUGGAGCUUGAAGAGCUGAGCACGCUCUUGAGGUCUUGCUUCCAGCAUCACGUGCCUACGCCCGCCAACGUCGAGCGUCUCAACGAUCUCGUCUCGGACAUUAACGCAGCUGAGCUGCGGACACUCGAGGGCGAGUUGUUUGGCAAGAUCUGUCUAGCCACUCGGAACGAGAUCCGGCAACUCAUCAGCGAUGAGUGGAAGCGCGAGUUAGCCGCUCUUACCGCGGCGGGAAACGUCGACAGGACGCACGAGACGUGCCACGAUGAAGGCUCAAUGGGCUAA